AAGCACAAUGGCGACUUCAGUCAGCGCAUACCCUGAAGGAUAUUGAGGGGAGGGUUGGUACGAUUGUGCCCUUCCCAAGGAGCUAAAGAGAGUGUGCUGGAUACCGGAAAGUGAAGAAGAACACAAAGAACAAGAUUGACCAACAUCUGAAGUUGUAAAACACACGAAAACAAGACUUUUCAAAACAACGUAAUAGCCGGUAGGUGAACCGCUCGUUGAGUAAUCAGUACGAGCUUAUACCAAUUUCGUCAUCUGUUGUAACACGUUGACGGACACAUCGCAAUAAUUGCUCAACUUUAGACACGUUGAGCAAGAGCACACUCUCUAAGGGAAAUAGGUUAGAAAUAUAUUGAUAAAGGACUAUGAUUUUGAUUUGUGAUUUGGAAUGACCGCACGCGCUCUAACAGGACUACGUCAACUGCCAUACUGUCUGUGAUAUAUUGAUGUUUUGUAAAUUUAAUGUCAUUUUAUUGAACAUUCCGUUUUAACCGGCGUUCAUGUCUAGAUUUGUGUAUCAUUUCAACGUGGACAAAGAACCAGCUUUCACUCACACGGCGUUUUAAUUCAUCCGGUUGGCCACAUUACUAUUGCUUUGUUCAUUGUGAAACGGAAGACCCACCUUUAUAGUCUGACUCACCAAAAACAAAGAAGCAAUCGUUCAUCGGCAUUGUUUUCAAGUGAAAGUAUCAUCGUGUGAAAGGGUACAUAGUUUGUAUCACUUUAGGAAACACUUGGAGGUACUGUCACAUUCAUUCGUGAGAGAACGGAGUAUUUAUGAGCCUAACAGGAAGCCGGCCCAGACUUUGUAUACCGAGUCAUGGGCCACGAAAGAAAGACACUUUUGAUGCUACCUCCAACUUAGGAGUACAAGGGGCCCUUAGUCCAGAUCUCCAGCCCUCCCAACCCCUUUUUCCAGACAAAUAUGAACAAUCAAAAGUUUCUAAAAUUGGAAAAUACUUAAUACUGGACCAAAUUGAAGGGGACACUUACAAAGCUGUUAAUUGGCAAACCAAGGAUGAAUAUGUUUGCAAGAUUUUCCCGAUCAAUCGAUACAGAGAAGAGCUGGAAACAUAUUGGCAGGUUGAUUGCCAUCCAAACAUCAGCAGCAUUAGUGAGAUAACGCUUGGUGAGACCAAAGCCUAUGUGUUUUUUGAGCGCCAUUAUGGCGAUUUGCACUCGUAUGUACGUCAGAAGAAACGUCUGAAGGAAGAGGAAGCUAGUCGAUUGUUUGAACAGAUCUCUGAUGCUGUCUAUCACUGUCACGAAAAUGGAAUUGUCCUACGAGACCUGAAACUUCGCAAAUUUGUUUUCAAAAACCCAGAAAGAACUCAGUUGCGAUUGGAUGGUUUAGAGGAUGCAUGUGUGCUGGAAGAUGAAGCAGAUGAUAGAUUGGCAGACAAACAUGGUUGUCCGGCAUAUGUUAGCCCCGAGAUCCUACACACAAGCGACACAUACUCUGGUCGAUCCGCUGAUAUUUGGAGCCUUGGGGUGAUGCUGUACACAAUGUUGGUUGGUCGGUAUCCAUUUCACGACUCUGAGCCUAGCGCUUUAUUUGGGAAAAUUCGUCGCGGUCAGUUUACUGUACCUCAGAUGUUAUCAUCUAAAGCCAAGUGUCUCAUAAAAAGUCUGCUGCGGCGUGAACCAACUGAACGUCUGACUGCAGGCGAGGUAUUACAACACCCCUGGGUACAAGGUACCCUACCCAUAGGGUUCAUGACCAUUGUAGAUCACAAGAACUUAGACCAGGCAGUCCCAAAUGUUAUCGUACACGAACCAGAGGAAGAUUUCUUUGUAUGAGCUGUGACAAUUUCUUCGGCGAGUUGCUGCCAAUGAAGUUGCAUCUAGUUUCUCAAGAAACCUCUAGAAAAAUGAUCGAUUAUCUGAUACCAACUUUAAAGGAAUACUGCAGUGAAAUUUGUGACGAGAAAUAAAUGAUGAACUUUUUUUUUUUCAAGAAAAACUGGCAAUUAACAGCAACCAGUGUAAAAGUAGAUAAUAAAUUGCCAAUUCCAGAAAUGACUAGAAAAAGAACUAGAGUAUUGAUAAUGAAACACACAUUUUCACUCUGCAAUGCUGAUAAUUGGAACAUGCACAGGGUGCGAAGCCAGGAAAUUUACUCCUGCAGAAAUGAUUAGUCUACACCUGUUCAUUAGAUUAUAUACGGGUACAAGAUGGUGUUGAUUGCAGCAAUUGAACUGUGAAUUGGCAAUUUAAAAAUCUGCUCGUGGAACUUGUUCUGACGGGGACAGACGAUAUGUUGCGUGGAUACAUUUUAAUCUAAAUAAUUGUCAUAUCAUAUAAGUUUGUGUGGACACAAGUUGUUAUAGGCAGCUGCAAUAUUGGACAACAUCUGUUGUGGUGGGUUCAUUCCGAGCAUAUGGCCAGUCUUUAAACUCGUUCCCCACUGAGGAGAAACAAAAAAAAAUUGAAAAAAAACUUUUAAUGAAAAAAAAAGUUAAAAAAAAAGAAACCUAGUUCUUUUCUCUCUCUGUUUCCGUGAGAUGUGCCAAGCACUAUAUAAAUGUUAGAUGUGGUUGAACUGAGUGAAGUAAAUGUGUUUACAUGUGUGUGCUUGUGAAAUGAUUGUACAGGGAUGGAGAUUGUUUUUUAUUGCAAAUCACUACCAUUACAUUGUGUGUGUGUGUGACGUUUGAUUUCAUACAAUGUGAAUAAGUGUUGUUUAAAUGGGUAUAUUAGUGUUUGAAGUAUCUACUAGAUUUGAAUCUAACUUAUUUUCAUUCUUCUAUCGCGAACGAUGCGAACUUUCUACCCUAAUCGGGGACUGUUUAUUACAUAAAUAUUUUAAUUUGAGUAAGUGCUACUCAUCAACAAGUAUCUUAAGUAUAUUUAUCAUGUCUUGUAGUGAAUGAAUAGGUUUCAAGAUUUUUACAAAACAUCGAUUUUAAAUCUGUGAAGAGAACAAGUAGAGAUUUGAAAUUUAUUCUUCUGUGAACCUGACUUGCAAAGUCAGUAAGUAGUGACCUCUAUAACUUGCUUGUACUUCAUAAAAAUGUUGUAUGUUAGGAAAAACAAUGGGUUAUAUAUUUCGGGAAUAAAUAUUUUUGAUAUGCGAGUGUUGAGAUAUGUCACUAGAUAGGGCAGAUUAUUUAUUUGAGUAAGGACUACUCGUACCUCGUGUUGUGACUGUUGUGUUAGCUGAAACGUGUCAUGAUUAUCUCCCAUAUCUUUUGUCAUAGCAAAAAAGUAUUUAACAUCAGUGUGAAUGGAAGUUGUAUGACUGGAAAAAUAUAAAGGAAAGAGUAUGCCCGUUGUAUUUGGAUAUAUAUUGUAAGAUUGUAAGAUAUUCUGUCUUUAAUUUAAAACAUCCGAUGGGUUAUAACCAGUGAAAUGUUUGUUACUUAUUUUCCAAGUAUUUUACGUUGAUAGAAGACACAUGACCUUGCUGAACUAUAAAAAAAAAAUUACACUUGGCAAGUGUUAUGGUUUGUUUUCGAAAUAAAAUUUGAAAAACUUAAA